CUCCACCUGCAGCCAAAUAGUCGAUCUCUGUCAAGCUCGCUAUCCAGAACUGUGAAAGAAUUCUAGCAGCAUUUGACUCACCUGAGUGGAUUCGACAAGCGGUGCACAGGCUUCUUCUGCUCACGAUCGAGAAGGCAAUGAGACAUCAGAACAGAAGCCAUGAUAUUCGCUCUCUGGAAUGAAAGGAGUCUCAUCUGCUAGAAUCUGGUCCUGGUUGCAUUUGCUGGCCUUGUCAAAGCCCUGCAGAUGCUGGCUGACUGGCUCUCAAGCCCGACGCCAGUACACAGCACUUUGACAGCAGUGCAAUAGACGAUACACUAUGAACCAAAGUCUCAGAUGGAACCUCGCUGGUCGGCAGUGUACUCAGUGCUACCUCUUGACGUAUAUAAAAGAUGGCAUAUCCCAUGCAUGGUGCUUCAUCAGACAAUUCGGUCUUGGUGAUCAAUGUACUAUUGUAUUUCAAGCUUUCUGCUGCUCUCGCUAGCAAGUCAGGCAUCGGGACGAGCCAUUCACUCCAAACGAGAUGGCGUCAGUGGCACAAUCUCGACAUCCUUUACUGAGAAGUCGACAAGUGGCGACCUGGGCGCUUCCUAUACAACAACCACCAUCAACGCUGGCGUCCAAGUGUGGCUCUCUGGUCGUGGUUAUCAUCGCCUGAGUGGCAAUAUUGAUAAUUCUGGUACUUUGAUUGUCAGUCAGACAGACUCCGACACCUAUAGCUACUCGUCUCCCGUGGCACCUUCUGGUCAAACGGUCUACUGGUCAGGCCACACGACCAGCAAUGGUAACCUCAUCAACAAUGCCGGCGCAACUAUCUUGUUGAACGACGCAGGCGCAACUUCUGCCCCGACUUACGAUUGGUACCUUGAGUCGUUCAAGAACGAUGGUACGAUCAUUUGGUGUGGUCGCGGAGAUACUGGCGGCUCAACCUAUCAGCUGUACUCGGAUGCCUCUGGUGUCAAUAAUGGUCUCAUCGUCUUUGAGCAGACCCGUGGCAACUUGGGUACUGCGGCUGUAUGGCGCAAUGACCAGAUUUCAAACUCUCCGCCUGCUUACUUGACCAACAACGGUGGUUUCUUGAUGCGUAAUAUGCGAGUCGACUUCGUGCAGAACUUCCUCGGCACUGGUUGCUGGAUGAUUGGAUACAAGAGCAACAUGUACUUGCAGGACGGUGUCGGCGUCUUUCAGAAUCCCAGCUACGGACCCUCAUUCUCUGGUCAGAGUAUCUCGUUCCUCGACAACACGGGUACGUUGCACAUGGAAUCAGCAGUAUAUGCAAAGGCUCCCAACUUUGGCGCCAAGAUUUACGGCUUCGGUCAGGGUAACUCCCUCGAGUUUCACUCAACCAUUGAUAUCUUUUCUUACAACGGGACUAUCCUUCGUGUGGCAUUUGUCGGUGGCGACUAUGUCAAUCUCGAUAUCGGUGCGGGCUACACAGCAAGUGGAUUUAGUAAGGGCAAGUCUGGCUUCUACAAUGGAUUAAACGCCAUGCUUUACAAUGGAACCGCUCCAUCUGUGUCUGUCCCAGUUCAAUGCCUUUUGACUGCACCUGUAUGUACCCCUCUCAUCAAUGGCAGCAUUUACGAUUCGAAAGGACUGACGAAUCCCGUGACCUCUUCGUCUGCUGUCCUCUUGUCUCCAUCGAGUAGCGUCCUGGCCUCCACAUCGUCUUCGCCUGUCACUCCUGCGCAACAACCAUCAGGCGCUGCUAGGAUCAGUACGACUGCACUUGUUAGCACCAAUACUCGGCUUUCUUCUUCAGCGCCUUACAGCUCGUCUUCUGUCGCCUUGUUGCCGACUGCCAUUGCUCCCAUUACGACUGCCUUGGCUGCUACUCCUUCAGCAAGUAUUGUUGUUCCUGUUGCUACCUUGUCGAGUUUUUCAUCGCCGCCAUCCAGGUACAAUGGCACUAUUGUCGGAUGCUUCCUCGAUAUUGCUGCUAGAUUCAUGAUUGGGGCAUACCAUGAUAGCAGUGCGCUCACCAAUGCAGCAUGCGCCAGUUACUGUGGCGACCAGGGCUUCGCGUACUCUGGUACCGAGUACAGCGAGGAGUGCUAUUGCAGCGACAAACUUCCUUCUACUUCUUCAACCAUGUGCUCGUCACCUUGCUCGGGCGACAAGAUGGAGACCUGCGGCGGCUCAUGGGCUUUGACGGUCACAGCCAACCAGGCUAUUAUCGAUUAACCCAACAGUGGCACUCCUCAGUCACCUGUCAGUGCUCUUGGCUGCUUCGCCGAUAGGUCCUACGCUCGCACAUUCUCUGGGUACACUU